AUGGCCCAGACCAACGUGUCCAGCUGUGUGAUCUCGAUCAUAGCAUCGUUCACAAGUGGGUUGGAUGUGUUCAAGAAGUUCCAUGAAUCGCGUAAGAGCAGGAAGCGGAGGAGCAAGAAGAACGCGUCAGUGGAUGACGAAGAGCUAAGACUAGCAAGGAGUUUGAGACAAGGGCCAGAGGACAUUGGCAGAGAGUACCAGAGGAGCAUACAGGUUGCAGCAGAUCAAUUUGCUCAUGGAGAUGGCGUAGCCCAGACUGCUCUCGCUGAGAUUCUGUUGAAGCUCAACACCGGCCUUGUCACGAUCAUCAACACCUUCCUGACGCGGGACAAGCAAGAUACCAAGCUCGACUAUCAGUCCUUGACGAGCUUGUCCGAGAGAUCGAGAAUUGAUACCUGUCGAACACUUCGCCAAUUGUAUCGCCGAAUAACCCGGGUGCGUGUUCCGGCUCGAGUCUAUCCUGACAACCAUCGACAGGAGGAUCGGGCGAGGGCAAGGUCAAAUUUGUCUGCAGCGAGCAGGAGGAAGAUCUCGAGCCCCAAACACCACAAAGUGAAAGGCCCUAUGCUCGCGAGGGUGGUAAUCGCCGACUCUAGCAGGCCUUCGCAAGUAGCUAUGGUCCGACCUGGCGAACGAAGAAGGAAGUCAGGGCAGUCUUCGAGCUCGGCAUCUCCCAAAGUACAAUCAACCACUUCGUUGGCCUUGCAAGCGCCUGAGCUUCCUUUGCGACCUCCUAAUCACCGUUCACAAACGCUUCCUGAAGGUGAUAGAAGACCGCAAAGAAAACAUUCCGCCAUGGACAUUCCGAAGGUGCGUCGAGAGGAGAAGCUGCGCGCUACUCAGUCUACGCCACGUCUUGCCGCUCCUUUACCAGAUUAUGAACCUCUUCCGCCAAUACCCAAUUCCGCCCCUCUGCCAGCCAUGGAGCCACGCAGGCGGAAGCCGACACCAACGUACUACUCAAUCGAGUCAGAUGCCACCAAGCUUGGCGAGAUUCCAAUGCACAAGUGGGCUGAACCAUAUGACUUCGACGCCAUGUCGAGACUGAACAGAGAGGCUGAGAUGAACGGCUGGCCAAUACGAGACAUGGUUGGGAACGUGCAACAACCGGCGAAGAGGAAGGGAAUCUUAGGACUGUUUCGAAGGAGACGCGCGAAUGCUUGA